UUUCCGUCCGUCCGGCUCUGCGGACUCAAGGAGAGAAAAGGAAAAAACUUUCCUCAGUGUAACUGCACUCAGGACCUAAAAAGAUUCAUAAAUAUUUGUACACAGGUCCACAUCUGCCUCCCCAUGCAGAACUCCAUGAAAUGAAUAAAGCACCACAGCCUAUAACAGGACCCCCCUCCAUCCCCCACCCUGCCCCCUCCCCUGGCCUAUCACAGCCCUACUACACCAACAGGGCCGGCCUCCCUCCUAACGGGGGUCCUCGGGGCAUCCCUCCCAACAGCGGCCCCCGGCCCGUCACCCCGACCCACGUCUACCAGGCGGGCCCCGGCUCUCAGAUGAUGAUGAUCCCCGGGCAGCAGAUCCGCUUCCCCAACACCCCCCAGGGACCCGCCUACUUCAUACCUGGAGAGUACCGGUCAGCGGCCUACGUGACGACCCCCCAGCAGUACCCGGUCCCUGCAGGAACGCCCGGCUUCUACCCCGGCACCAGCCCCGCUGAAUAUGGUACUUACGCAGCGGCCUACUACCCCGCCCAGCCUCAGUUCACCCCCCCGGUGCAGGCGGCGCCCGUCAUUAUGAACCCGGCUCCUCAGCAGCAGCAGCAGCAGCAACAACAGCAGCAGCAGCAGCAGCAGCAGCAACAACAACAGCAGCAGCAGCAGCAACAGCAGCAGCAACAACAACAACAACAACAACAACAACAGCAGCAGCAACAACAACAGCAGCAGCAGCAGCAGCAACAACAGCAGCAGCAGCAGCCACCUCCACAGCAGCAGCAACACAUCGCCUCCAAACGGGAACGCAAACAGAUCAGAAUAAGAGACCCUAACCAAGGAGGUCGGGAUAUUACAGAUGAGAUUAUGUCCGGGGGUCGCAGCGGCUCGACCCCAACCCCACCACAGUUAUCAGACAGUCCGACGGUUCAGGCAAACGGUGAGAGCGUCACAUCUGCUGCAGCGCUGGUUAGACCUGAUGACAGAGGGAGACCUACGCCCCCUCCUCCGUCAAAAACCCCUGAACUUGCUAAAAGCGAACCCCUCCUCACAGAAUCUGCCUCCUCUGACACGAACACUACUCCCUCUGAACCCCCUCAAGAUCUCCCUCUCGAAACUCUCCCUCUUCCCACUCCUGCACCAACUACCCCUGUUAUUGCAGACGUAAUGGAUGCUCCUCGACCUACCAGAGACCCCACCCCAUCUCCCAAAUCUGCCCCAGAAGUGCCCGCCUACCCUGCCCCCCUCCCUGCCGCGAUACGAUCUGCUGCAAAAAUCAAGAAAGAAGUGGUGGUGGUGAAGAAGCAGCAAGAAGAAGAAGUCGAAGAUGUGCCUCCUCGUUCUCUUUCUACCACGAAUGGUGUCGCUGAAGCGGAGCCAGAAAGGCCGUCGGUCGUGGUGCCCCCCGCUCACCUGGAGGCCCCUCUUGAGUCUCCCAUUGCACAACCAGAGGAGCUUCGUCUCCCCAAUGGCCUCCCACUGCCGGCCCCUCGAGAUCCAGAGGUGCCCGAAUCUAUUACCGCACGCACGACGACAGAGAGAGACGACAGCCCCAUCGCCGAACCCGAUAUCAGCGAAGUGGUAGAAACCCCCGUCACUCAGGCGCCAAUUCUCCAAACCCCCCUUUCAUCUCCUCCUGUUGUUGAAAAGCCCACACCUGUCGAGGAGACUCCGGUUGAGCUUGUCGAAGAGGAGGAGGAGGAGGAAGAGGAGAUGUCCGUUGAACCUGAAGAGGAGAAAGCGCCCGUCGAAACUGAUGAGCAAGAAGAAUGCCUCGCUCCUACUCAAGUGGAGGUUAUUGAAGAAUCCCCGGUGCCAGAUCCUGCAGAAACGGUACCAGUUGUAGCGGAAAGUGUUGAAGAAAUGGAGCUGACUCCUCCCCCUCACACAGAAGAGGCAUUGACUCCUCCCCCCAUAAUAACAGAAGAGGUAUUGACUCCUCCCCCUCCCGCAGAAGAGGAAUUGACUCCUCCCCCUCCCACAGAAGAGGCAUUGACUCCUCCCCCUCCCACAGCAGAAGAGGAAUCGACUCCUCCCCCUCCAACAGAAGAGGCAUUGACUCCUCCCCCUCCCACAGAAAAGGCGCUGACUCCUCCCCCUCCCACAGCAGAAGAGGCAUUGACUCCUCCCCCUCCCACAGCAGAAGAGGCAUUGACUCCUCCCCCUCCCACAGCAGAAGAGGCAUUGACUCCUCCCCCUGCCACAGAAGAGGAUAGGGAGGAAACUGAAACUCCGCCUCCUCCACAGACGCUCCCCCCUGCCCUGGUAGAAGCUACUAUGCAAGCUGCUGUGUCUGUGCCAAAGAAGAAGCGGAAGAUGAAGGAUCUGAACAAAAAGGAGACCGUGGGCGACCUCCUCGAUGCCUUUAAAGAGGAGCAGGUAGUGGUUCCUCCUGAGCCUGAACCAACCCCCGUCCCAGAGAAACCCCCCGUCGUCUCCACUCCUGCCCCAGAGGAUCCGGAUAUGACGUGGGAGGACAAGGAGGACAAAGAAGGCAAGAUGGACGCUGAAAACACCAAGCCGGAUCCCAACAACCCUGACAAAAAGUACCAGUACAAAGAGGAAAAUUGGAAGCCGAUCGACCCAGAGCAGAAGAAGCACUACGACAGAGAGUUUCUUCUGGGUUUCCAGUUCAAGUCCGCCAGCAUGAACAAGCCUGAGGGUCUGCCAGCCAUCAGUGAUGUCGUCCUGGACCAGGCAAACAAGGCCCCUCUGCGCCAACUGGACCCCAGUCGUAUGAAAGAAAUGAUCUCUGGCCCCGACUUCACGCCUUCCUUCGCUAACCUCGGCAGACCUAACAUGGGAGGAGGAGGAGGAGGAGGUGGUGGUGGAGGAAGAGAAGGGAGAGAAGGAAGAGAAGGGAGAGAAGGAGGAGGCGGAGGAGGAGGAAGAGAAGAAAGGAGAGGACCUCCUCCAGGUAUGGGUAUGGGUGUCGGGGGUCCUCGUCGCUCGGCGCAGAUGCAGCGCGAAAAGCCGAGGAAGGUCUUCACCACCAUGUCUCUGAGCGAUGACAUUCAGCUGAACAAGGCGGAGAAGGCGUGGAAACCUACGACGAAGAAAACGCGCGUGGAGGUCGAGAGUGAGAGCGACGACUCGGAGCACGGGAAGACCCAGGAGCUGUUUAAAAGUGUUCGCAGCAUCCUCAACAAACUCACCCCGCAGAAGUUUCAGCAGCUCAUGAAGAUGGUGACCGAUCUCACCAUCGACACGGAGGAGAGAUUGAAAGGAGUCAUCGAUCUGACCUUCGAGAAGGCCAUCGCUGAGCCUAACUUCUCCGUGGCCUACGCCAACAUGUGCCGCUGCCUCAUGGGGCUUAAAGUUGAAACCACAGAUAAGCCGGGAGUCACUGUGAAUUUCCGCAAGCUGCUGCUAAACCGAUGCCAGAAGGAGUUCGAAAAGGACCAAGUUGACGACGAGAUCUUCGAGAGGAAGCAGAAAGAGCUGGAUGCUGCCACAGUGCCGGAGGAGAAGCAGCGUCUCACUGAGCAGCUGCAGCGCGAGAAAGACAACGCCCGCAGGCGCUCGAUGGGCAACAUGAAGUUCAUCGGAGAGCUGUUCAAGCUGAAAAUGCUCACAGAGGUCAUCAUGCACGACUGCAUCGUGAAGCUGCUGAAGAACCACGACGAAGAGUCUCUGGAGUGCCUCUGCAGACUGCUGUCUACCAUCGGAAAGGACCUAGACUUCGAGAAGGCCAAGCCUCGUAUGGACCAGUACUUUAAUCAGAUGGAGAAAAUCAUAAAGGACAAGAAGACCAGCUCCAGGAUCCGCUUCAUGCUGCAGGACGUGCUGGACCUUCGACGGAGCUCGUGGGUCCCCAGGAGAGGCGAACAGGGCCCGAAGACGAUUGAGCAAAUUCACAAAGACGCCGAGCUGGAGGAGCAACGGGAGCAGAUGAAGGUGCAGCAUGCCUUCAUCUCUAAGCCGUCAGGAGGCCACGGAGGCAGAAACGACGGAGGCAGGAACGACGGAGGAAGGAACGACGGAGGAGGUCGAGGGGGCCGUGGUGGCCGCGAGGGCCGUGACAACCAGGGCCGAGGGCAACCACCCCAGGACGAAGGCUGGAACACAGUGCCCAUCUCCACCAAAAACCGACCCAUUGACACCUCUCGCCUUAGCAAAAUCACUAAGACGCCUGCUCUUGACUUCAACAAUCAGGUCCUGGGCCCCGGUGGUAAAGGCAUGUUUGGCAGCUGGGGGAAGGGCAGCAGCGGGGGCAGCACCACUGCUAAGCCUGCAGAAGCCGGCCCAGAGCCGCCAGCCGGCCGCCCAGCCACCAACACGGGGAACAGAUUCUCCGCCUUACAGCAGGCGACCUCCGGCGCCUCGACUGCUCAGGACUCAGACAGACGAGUCCCUCAGAGAAACAGCUCGAGUCGAGAGCGCGGCGACCGUUUCGAUCGCUCGGGCCGCGGCAACGAUCGGUUUGACCGGCGUGACGACCGCGACAGAAACCGCCUGCAGGUCACCAAGCGCAGCUUCAGCCGUGAGAACGAGGGGAGCCGCGAGCGGGAGCAGCGCGGGUCGGCAGAUCCCGUCCGCCGCGUCGCCAGCAUGACCGACGACAGAGGGAGCCGAGAGAGAGCCAGGAGCAAAGAGGACGUGACACGAGAGAAAUCUGACACCCCCCCUCCCCCCCCGGCCUCCACCAAGCCCACGCUGACUGAGGAGGAACUGACCAAGAAAUCCACCGCCAUCAUCGAGGAGUAUCUGCACCUCAACGACAUGAAGGAGGCUCUGCAGUGUGUGCAUGAGAUGAGCAGCACUCAGCUUCUCUUCCUCUUCGUACAAACCGGCCUGGAGUCGACGCUGGAGCGCAGCACCAUCGCCCGAGAGCGCAUGGGCCUCCUGCUGCAGCAGCUCAUCAAAGCCGGCACUCUGCCCAAGCAGCAGUACUACAACGGGCUGCAGGAGAUCCUGGAGGUGGCUGAAGACAUGGCCAUCGACAUCCCUCACAUCUGGCUGUACCUGGCAGAGCUCAUCUCCCCCAUGCUGCACGAGGGAGGCAUCCCCAUGGGGGAGCUUUUCAGGGAGAUUUCCAAACCUUUGAUUCCUCUGGGCCAAGCCGGAGUCCUGCUGGUGCAAAUCCUCAACUUACUGUGCAAAGAAAUGAGCCAUAAAAAGGCGGGAGCGAUGUGGCGAGAGGGCGGUCUCCGGUGGAGAGACUUCCUCCCCGAGGACGUCGACGUCAACAAGUUCGUGACAGAGAAGAAGGUGGAGUUCACGCUGGGUGUGGAGUCUGAGGACGGUCAGAAGGAGGAGCUGAGCUCUGAGGAGCUGAGCAAACAGAUUCAGAGGCUGAUCCAGGAUCAGGCCGACGACCAGAGGCUGUUUGACUGGAUCGAGGCUAACCUGGAUGAGCAGCAGAUGUCCUCCAACAUGCUGGUCAGAGCUCUGAUGACAUGCAUCUGUCAGUCAGCCAUCAUCUAUGAGAACCCGAACAAGGUGGACGCCGCUAAGAUCAAGAAGAGAGCGAAGGUCCUGCAGAAAUACCUGAGUGACGACAAGAAGGAGCUGCAGGCUCUCUACGCUCUGCAGGCGCUGAUGGUGGAGCUGGAGCAGCCGGCCAACCUGCUGCGGAUGUUCUUCGACAGCCUUUACGACGAGGACGUGAUCAAAGAAGAAGCUUUCUACAAGUGGGAGUCGAGCAAAGACCCGGCGGAGCAGCAAGGGAAAGGCGUGGCUCUAAAGUCCGUCACCGCCUUCUUCACGUGGCUCCGAGAAGCCGAGGAUGAAGACGAGUCCGACAACAGCUAGAGCAGGAAAAACGCUCCGUGGAGGAUUCAGAAGAAAAAACCCUGAAUCGGCAAAAUCCUUCUGCAUAAACAGAAACACAAAAAAAAGCAAGAAAAAAAAAAAGUUCUUCAACUGGGAGAGAUUGUAUUACGGAUCGAACACUCGAUCAGUUAUUUUUUUUGGUUUCCUUUAUUUUGUUUGUUCCCUUUUUGCGCAACUGAAUGUCUUUUUUGGAAAUAAAUACAGGAUAAAUCGAGCGAGUAGAAGAGCGAGAGAAAAGCCGUGAGAGAAGACGCCGUUUCCUUCAGUAUUUCUUUGAAGUUUACCUGGUUUUUUUCAAACGGCUGGUUUUUCCUCGCCACGGUCAAACACUAUUCAAGACACUUUGCUUAAUGACAGAUAUAUACAAAAAAAUAAACAACAAAAAAAAGAAAACUUUAAAAGGCUGUUCACAUUUAUAUUUUUGAUGACUUCAUCGUGUGAGCGGCAGCAUCACAUCGAUCGGUGUUGGAUCUACACGACCAAGCGCUAGUGUAGACGGUUAGCUUUCCCUUUCAUCUUGUUCCCGUGUUGGAUGGUUGGAGUGAGUGUUUUGUAAUAAAAUUUAAAAAACUACAAAGAAGAGUGGCGAGCGCUGUCGAACGGACGUUCCAGAUGGACGGUUUGUGGACGUGACGACAGAUUUCACGCAGACUUUACGAGUGGGAGGCGAUGAACUUUGACCAUAUUUUGCUGCUGGGGGGUGACGAUGCUUCCCCGACGCCCCAAAAAAACCCAAAACCAUGUGUCUGUUAUACUCCUGCGCUUCAAAACACAAACUGUGGACUGAGAGAAAGAAAACGCGCUCCUGCAAAGCCUGUCGUCGGAUUUUUAAAAUAUGAGAAAAAAAAAGUACACGGACAAAAAAAUCCACUUGAAUAAAACACAAAAAGCUCAACAGUUCGGAUCCUAAAGCCUUUCUGCUUCCUCCAGUGGAAACGCAUUUCAGGAGAGUUCUGUAAAUAUAUAAAUGGCUUCUGUUUUUUCAAAGAAAAAAUGCUAACGUAUCGCCAUGUGAUUCCCCCGAAACAAGUGGCAGUCUUUAUCCCUCCUGUAUUUAUAUUUUUCUCUCCUCGGCCGGCAGAAGCUGCUUGUAUAAUUAUCCAACCCCCAAGUCAUUGAUUACAAUUUAAUUGAACAUUUGUAAAUACUUUUUUGCUUUACUUUAUUAAAAAGAUAUUUAAUUAAAGUAAAAUGAAUGCCUCUUUUCACAUCCAAAAACUGGAAGAGAUAAUAAAGAUUGUUGCCAAUAAAAGAAGAAAAAAUGUC